AUGGAAGGAACGGUGUUUACUCCAUCAUUGGAAGGAAUGCAGCAUAUCAAAUCUCCACAAGGGGAAAUGCUUACUAAGCCUUUCCUGGAAGUCUGCAAAUUGAUUUUACCUGUCAUAGAUAAGUUUGGAGCUGCUAUGGCACUUGUAAAGACUGAUAUUGGUGGCAACAUAUCGAGGUUGGAAAAAAAAUACCAAUCUGAUACCACUAAAUACAACUACUUGUACAAUUUGGUGAAAGAAGAGGUUGAAUGUAAAACAGCAAAAGGAUCAUGUAGUUGUACCAAUGGUCUUCUUUGGUUGACAAGGGCGAUGGAUUUCAUCGUAGAAUUGUUCCGCAAUUUACUUGCACAUCCAGAUUGGACAAUGGUAGAAACUUGUACAGACUCCUAUAGCAAGACCCUGAAAAAAUUUCAUGGCUGGCUUGCUUGUUCAAGUUUCACAGUUGCUAUGAAGCUGGCUCCAGAUAGGAAGAAGUUCAUGGAAGUGAUAGCGGGCACGGGAGACGUUAAUGCUGACAUGGAGAAAUUUUGUUCGACUUUCCCUCCAUUUCUCGAGGAGAAUCACAAGUUUCUGGCUAGGUUUGGUUUGGAUGGUAUGAAGGCUUGAUGACGGAAGAAGUUCAACUAAGAGUGGCGAGAUGGCCUGUGGUUACUUAUACUUUGAACUUCUGGAUCUUGCUCUCAGCUUCUAAACCUUCAUAUUAUUUAAAACAAUUAUGACUUUGAAUGCAUACCAAUGAGUGCGGUUUUUUCAAUCUCUUUCAAUGAAGCAAGUACUCAUUUAGUUAUUUUUGUUUACUGAAGAAUGUAAUGAAUGGUUGUGCUUACUAAACCACCAGCUGCUCUUGUUUGUUUCUCCAUUCUUGAAUGUCAUAUAGAAGUCUCAUUUCAAAUGAAACCAAACUUAGCUCCUCUUGAAAUAGAGUGGUUUCUCUUCUACAUAUAGGUGAUUGCCAGUUGCCAUAAUCC